AUGAGCUGGUAAAUAUAUCAAACAAAUUAGUAUUUUAGAAAAAUACUAUAAGGCAAGGUAAUCAAAAACUAUAAUCACAUACCAGCUAUUUAUAAUAUAGAUAGAGCAAAUCUCAAUAAAGAAGACCCAACUAUUAUGCAACUGUUUUAAAAAAAUUCUAUCUAUACAAGUGCAUGGCAUCAAAUAAAUAAAUCGCACAUAAUUGAUUUGGAUCAAAUAGAAUUAUAGAAUGUUGAUAAUUCAUUUCUUGUUGAUUCUCUUUGGAAACCUCUACAGUACGAAAACAAAUAUUAAUAUUCAUAAAGACCUUUGAAAUUUAAAGAAAUGUAUUUAGAAUUUGAUUAUGAUGGUUUAAUUUAUAGCACAAACUAAAAUAUUACUCUUUACAAUUAAAAAAUUUAGCCUAAUUGUUAAUACUAAGGUUAUUUUCCUCCAGACUUAAGAUGUAUUUACAAUUUUAGCUAGAUUACUGGAAAUAGCUCUUUAGUUGCUUUUUCUCCAGAGGUAUUUGCAUUAAAUAAUUCUCAACAAGUAACUUAAACAUUUUGUUAAAGGAGUUUCAUUUUUAACUCUUCAAGUAUUUAUUCAAGAAAUGAAAAAGGUUCUAUCUUAUGCUUAAGAUUAGACUUAGACCUAACUAAUUUAUAUUUUAAUAACUAUGGCUAAAAUUCUAAACUUUAAAUUCUUUUAAGUUCUGAAUAUCAAUCGGUUAUUUAUAAUUCAUUACUUAAACAAAUAAAAAUGUCUCAACUACCAACUUUACAAGAUUUUGAGAUAAAAUAUUUGCAAGAUGGAAGUUCAGAUUUUAAUUUCUUAAAAUAAAUUUAAAAUAAUUAAUAAUUUAUUGUUGAAAAUCUAAACAAAAUCAAUAUUAUUGGAUUCAAUAGGGAAAACGAGUAGUAUUAAUUUCAUUACAGUAUAAAUAACUCUGAUUGUUAUGUGAUUUAAAAUCUUAUUACAUUGGUUGACAAAAUGCCUAGCUUUUAUCAUUCUGAAUAAUUAACAAAUUCUUCUGCUAAAUAUCAAAUAAAGAAUAUCUUUAUGUUAAUUGAUAUUGUCUCUAAUGAAAAAAUGGUUGCUUUUUCUGAUAAUAUUCUAAACCAAGCCUUUGAUGAAAAUAUGCAAAAUGACAAAUAAGAUAAAAUCUCUAACAAAUAUUACAGGUCUGAAAGAUUUGUAAAUAGUUUUGGUGAUAGAGAAAAAAAUCAAUUAAAUGGUGAUAAGCUGUAAAUCGAUGAGUCUAUUCAAAAUUACAUCAAAGCAAACUCACUUUCUUAUGAGAUAUUAGAACUUUUUAGUAGCCUUCAAAACCUUUUUAAAUUAUUAAGAUUCACAACAAAAAAUACAUUUAAGGAAGAUCCUAGUUUAAACUUAAUUAAUCUUUGUCUAGAAAUUUAACACUUUGAAUAAUUUAAGAAUAAUCGUGCACUUGGAGUCUGCUUUAACAAUAUUGGUGUUAUUCAUUACAAUUCUGGAAGAUUUUUAGAAUCAAUAGAGAACUUUUAAAAGUCAAUAAUCUAUGCAAAGUAUGAAUUAGAUUUUUAUAGUCACGAUAACAGCUACAAAUCUAAUUACACAUUUAGUUAUUGUGAAAAAACAGAGUAGAGAUUUUUCCAAUUUCAGCAAGCUGAAGGAAUUCAAAAUAAAUAUAAAUCUCAAAGAGAUUUCGGAGAAAGAUCUAAUCAUAGUAAAUUAUUAAUUGAUUAAGAAAAGUAAUAACUUUACUGGAGCUUAUACAAUAGAAUGUAGAAUCAAAUAAAGGCAUUAGGAUCAUAUAUAUACCAACAUAAAUGCUUUAACUUAGCUGAAGAUUUUUAUGGAUGUAUCAAAUAGUUAAUUUAAGUUAGCAAUCAACAUCUCCCACCUUCUGCAAAGAGAGAUAUGUUAAUGCAGUUUUAUAAAGCCUGA